AUGUCAACCCCCGAUGGAUCUCCCGUCGCCACGCCCCUCGAUCCCUCCACCGCCGUCACCGUCGCGACCACCUCGACCCGACGAGUCCCGCCUCCGUGCUGGAACGACGAGGAGACCGCCGCGCUCGUCAACGCCUACAAGGAAAAAUGGUUCGCCCUCCGCCGCGGGAACCUCCGGGCGGCAGAUUGGGACGACGUCGCCGCCGCCGUCUCCUCUCUCCACACACUCGGAGGUCCGGCGAAAUCGGCGAUCCAGUGCCGGCACAAGAUCGAGAAGCUCCGGAAACGUUACCGCGGCGAGAAGCAACGGUCUCUCAACCGCCCGGGGAAGUUCUCUUCGUCGUGGGACUUGUUCCCCAUUUUGGACGCGAUGGAGUUCGCUCCGGUGACUCCAACCGCCGUCGAACCGUACGAUCCGGAUCCGGAGGAGGAUGAUGAUGGUAACGGAUUUAGGAGGAGGUUUAAUGGUAACCCUAACUUUGAUGGAGAGUCUGAUGAUGAGAUUGUGUUAGUGCCUAAGGCAACUAGGGUUAAAGGUUCUUCUCAUGGUGGGUUUCCUUUGAAGUCAUUUGGUGAUAGGAGUUUUGGUUCUUCUCAUAAUCAUGGGUUUAAAGCUAAGAGCUUUGGUAAACCUGAAGGUAACUUCUCUCCGGAGAUGGAUUAUGAUGAUGAGUUUGAGGAAGGAUUCAGCCCGAGGAUUAGGCGAGGGAACGGUUAUGGGAGAAAAACGGGUGGUUCUAAUGGGUAUGGGUCGUCGUCUUCUAGGUUUAAGCAUGAGCAGGUGAGUAAUGCAGCAGAGGUUGAGUUUGAUCCGGUUGAUGAAGUUGUGUCUUCGGUUAAGAUGUUGACUGAGAUGUUUGUGAGAGUGGAGAAUUCGAAGAUGGAGAUGAUGAAGGAGAUGGAGAAGACGAGGAUGGAGAUGGAGUUGAAGCAUUGUCAGAUGAUGCUUGAGUCGCAGCAGCAGAUUAUUGGCGCGUUUGCUGAUGCGUUGAGUGAGAAGAAGAGCACGAACGUGAGAAGGCCUGGUUCGUAG